AUGCAAGGAUCGGUCGAAUGCGGCAACCAAACACUUGAAUCAGCAGUAGGUAAAUGGAUGCACGAGAACAGCCGCAAAGAUUGGUCGAAAGGUUUGGCACAAGUGAUUUAUUCGAUUAAUACGCGUUCGACUCAGUCAAUCGAUAAUUCACCUUAUGAGGCAGUAUUCGGUCAGAAAGCAAGAUCUGAUAACCAAUUGCGAACAGUUUUAUUACAGCAAGGUGUUUUGAAUGAAGAAGAUCUUCCACAUGAGUUUAGUUAUGGAGGUUUAGAGUAUGAUAAUCUAAUGAAUGCUGUUAAAGUUACAACUUCUGAUACCAAUAAAACAUUAGCUUGCAUGGAUGAAGCACUUGUAACAGCAUCAAACAUACCUUUAUCAACAGCAUCAUUAGCUGUAUGUCAUACAUCUCUUCAUAUGAAAAAACGACGACGCACCAGACUGUUUUCCAAUGAUCAAAUUGCAUCUCUAGACAAAGGUAAGAUGUCUGCGUACACUCGUCUAACAGAAAGUGUCAUGAUAUCAUUUCUUUAG